UUCAUUCCUACACAACAUUCCGGCUCCCGGAUGUCUCAGGAUUAAUUGCAUCACUCAAUCUGAUGUGCUGGAAUUACAGUUUUACUCUAGUAAAUGUUAUUUUACUACGCUUUACCAAACAAUGCAAAGCUUUGGCUAAAACAUUUCGCACAUUUGGUUUUAUAAUCUGACAUCUAGACAAGCUUGUGAUGCUGCAGAAAUAAAACUGGAUAUUAUUUACCAUGUUUACUCUCUCUCACUACUAUGGAAGUGGAGUUUCAUCUGCAAUGGCAAUAUUGAGCUGAUUCAUUUGAUGAUGGAUGCAGGGAACACAAGCAUCAGCAGAAACAUCUCAGAUGUCCACCUGGUCACACACAGUCUAUGGGAAGUGGUCACCAUAGCGACCGUAUCCGCCAUCGUCAGCUUCGUUACGAUUGUUGGGAAUGUUCUGGUGAUGUUGUCUUUUAAGGUUAACAGCCAGCUGAAGACAGUUAACAACUAUUAUCUGCUGAGCUUGGCCUUCGCAGACCUCAUCAUUGGCAUUUUCUCCAUGAACUUCUACACCUCUUACAUUCUGAUGGGUUACUGGGCUCUCGGUAGUUUAGCUUGUGAUCUGUGGUUGGCUCUGGAUUACGUGGCCAGCAACGCCUCCGUGAUGAACUUACUGGUGAUAAGUUUCGAUCGAUACUUUUCCAUUACGAGACCGUUGACGUAUCGAGCCAAGCGAACGCCGAAGCGAGCGGGCGUCAUGAUCGGUCUGGCUUGGUUGGUGUCGUUGGUUCUUUGGGCUCCUCCUAUCCUGUGCUGGCAGUAUUUUGUAGGUAAGAGAACGGUGCCUGAUAGACAGUGUCAGAUCCAGUUCUUCUCUGAACCCAUCAUCACCUUCGGUACGGCGCUAGCAGCUUUCUACAUCCCCGUGUCCGUCAUGACCAUCUUAUACUGUCGGAUAUAUAAAGAAACCGAGAGGCGCACUAAAGACCUGGCUGAGCUUCGGGGCAUGGACUCUUCAAGGUCCUCCUCCCAUCACCCCGUACCCAAACUGACCACCGCAUCCCAGGACGAGCGCUCAAAAACCGACCAACUUGCCAACUUUAACAGCUACGGCUCUUCUGAAGACGACGAGCGCUCGGUUUACAGACAUCAGGGGAGUAAUGAGACCGAACCCACCGGCGGCUACGAUAAAGAUCUUUGCGUCUUCUCUCCUUCACUCAAAGAAAGAAGCAAGAAAGGCGUUUCUUACAAGUUUAAGGUGGUUUCAAAGAACGACAGUCCGCAGCAGAACACCAUCGGUGAGACAAAAGCCGGGACCUCGUCCUUCUCAUCCGCCGAGUCUAUGAAUGCGUCUUCCUCACCGUCUUCCUCCAAGCCCACACCGAAAAGCCAAAUGAUGACUAAGAGGAAGAGGAUGGUGCUGAUCAAAGAGAGGAAGGCCGCACAGACUCUGAGUGCUAUAUUACUGGCGUUCAUAUUGACGUGGACGCCCUACAACAUCAUGGUGCUCGUCUCCACCUUCUGCUCCGACUGUAUCCCGCUGGCACUCUGGCAUCUGGGAUACUGGCUGUGUUAUGUCAACAGUACAGUCAAUCCCAUGUGUUACGCUCUCUGUAAUAAAACCUUUCAGAAGACCUUCAGGACUCUGCUCUCGUGUCAGUGGAGGAAGAGAAGAGUCGAGGAGAAACUUUACUGGUGUGGACAAAACCCUGCAGUCAGCAACAACAAGUUAACCUGACUGAUAAGAAGACUUAAGAUCAGAGGUCAUCAACCCUCUUCCUCAAGAUCAUAUUUUAGUUCAACACACCUGCCUUUAAUUGGUUAGGUAUGGAAAUGCUUGAUUGCCUGUGUGUUUGAUUGGGGUUGGACAGUAGAUCUCCAGGAACAGGGUUGGUGACCACAGGUUUAGAUGACUACUGUAACAACAUCUCGUUUGAUAAAGUUUCACGUCUAGCGAACAAACACGCCAUCAUAUUUUGGGGUCUGUGAUGAUUUGUGCCUACUAUUGUGUUUGCUGUCACAUUAUGUGCCAUUACUGAGACUGAAGGUUUAAAACAACAGAAGAAAACUUCACAUCCGUCUCCUGAAGAUGUCAUCAAGGUGAAAGUGUUAAAAGUCUCUGGAGAAACUGCUGGGUUUCAUCUUAUUUAUUUUCAUGAUUAUUUUCAU